AUGAGUUCCGGCGCUAUCAUCCUCAUCAACGGCUACCCCGGCGUGGGCAAGCUGAGCACCGCCCAACGUCUCUCCAAGAUACUGCCAAACUCCAAGGUGCUCGACACCCACCACUUGAAAGACGCUACCAGCUCUCUUUUCGACCAAAAGCGAGAUGUAGAAGCGUGGAACGCGCUGCACUCGGGUCUGCGUGACGCUAUCUUCAGAUCCAUCAACGUCUCAGGCAGCUCUCGAUCCCAGCCCAUCUACAUCCUCACCGAGUCUAUCCCAGCUUCUCCAGCUGGUGCCAAAGACCUCGAGUCCCUUCUCGCUUAUGCCCGUGACGCCAAUUUCACCCUCAUCCACAUCAUCCUCUCGUGCUCCACCUCUGAGAACAUUCACCGUCUCCAAUCUCAGGAGCGAAGUUUCAAAAACAAGUUGACGGAUGAGGGGGCAUUGAUGGAAUUGAGGAUGGAGGAGGAGAUUGCGCGAUUUGGGGGAGGGAUUAUGAGGAAGAGGGUGGUCGGACUCGGCGGAGAGUAUGAGAUUGAUACCGAGGCAGUCGACCCGAAGGGAGCUGCAGCAAUCGUAGGAGAAUACGUCAUGGACGCGUUGAGGCGCCAGGGAUGGUUCAUCCAGCUCAACCGUGUCAAAUAG